AAACUCGUUGUGUUUCCAAAGGAACAAUCUGUUUUACACGAAAUGCAUUUACUUGGGCUGCAACGUAAAUCUGCUAAUCUCUGUUGCAUUUAUUGUUAAAAAAAACACAAACAAAAAAAAAACGAUAUAAUACAAACCGUAUUGGACCGAAUAGGGGGUGGGGGGGGCCGGCAUGUACACCAGUUAAGCUGUUUCUGAUUGGCUUACAGGGAUCCGGAGACUGUCCAAUUGAGAACAGGGUAGCUGGGAAUCCAGACAGGGCAGCCCAUGCUUGAAAAUGUUGAGACGGGAAGCCAGGCUGAGGAGGGAGUAUCUCUACAGGAAAGCUAGGGAGGACCAGGCGCACGCCAUCGAAGACAAGAAGGAGAAACUCAAACGGGCGCUGGACGAGAAUCGCCUGAUCCCUACCGAGAUCCGACAGGAGGCGCUGCAGCUCCAAACCCUCCUCGAGUAUGACGAUGAGGGAGGCGAAGGGGUCAGUUCUCAAAUGGACGAUGAAUACAGAUGGGCGGGGGUGGAAGACCCCAAAAUCAUGGUCACCACGUCCCGGGACCCUAGCUCCAGACUCAAGAUGUUUGCCAAGGAGGUGAAGCUGAUUUUCCCCAACUCCCAGCGCAUGAACAGGGGGAACCACGAAGUGAAGUCCCUGGUCGUGGCCUGCAAGGCCAAUGACGUGACUGACUUGGUGGUGGUCCAUGAGCACAGGGGCAAUCCCGACGGGAUGAUUGUGUGUCACCUGCCCUUCGGCCCCACUGCGUACUUCACUCUGUGCAACGUGGUGAUGCGCCACGACGUUCCGGAGAUUGGGACCAUGUCGGAGGCAUACCCACAUCUCAUUCUGAACAACUUCACCUCCCGUCUGGGAAGGAGGGUGUCGAGCAUCUUGAAAUACCUGUUUCCCGUGCCGAAAGAGGACAGCAGGAGAGUGAUCACCUUCGCCAACCAGGAGGAUUACAUCUCGUUCAGACAUCACACAUACAAGAAAACGGAUCACAAGAACGUUGAACUGACAGAAGUGGGGCCCAGGUUUGAGAUGAAAUUGUACAUGAUCAAGCUGGGCACUCUGGAGAACGAGAGCACCGCAGAGGUAGAGUGGCGUCUGCAUCCCUACACUCACACUGCAAAGAAGAGGAAGCACUUGAGUGUGGACUGAGUGCAGAAUCGUCUGACAGAACCAACACCAGGACCACACUGCGGCCCAGGGGAAAUGACGCACAGCAGAUAUUUGUAAAAGGAGGCAUGGUUAUUUUUGUGUGUUUUAAAUUUGAAAGUAACAGAUUUCACUGUAGAUGUGCAGUGGGAUCUUUGCGUUCAGAUACAGGGGAGUGUUGCCUGAUAUUGUGGGAGAAUGUGUUUGGGGGGAGGGGGGAAAUUCGAAGUGGAUACGCUGUUGUAUUUUGACGACUGUGUCCUGCUAUGCAGAAUAACGGUUGAAUUUGUUUUUUGGGGAUUUUUAUAAAGCAUUUGAGAAAGA